AUGUCAGUCGACUCGCAGACCUGGGAGGGUGUCCCCCUCAGUCAACUAUUCCCUGAGGAAAAGCUCGGAUGGACGGGUUAUAUCGAGUGGGAGGACAAGCCUGACAGGAAAAAGAUCGCACAGGCUAUCCUUAAAACAAAGAAAUUCACCCCAAGCCCCGAGUUCCAGUUGGAGCCACUCCCAAAGACGAAUCCCAUUCUCAUCGGCUACCGCUGGAAGGAGUACCAUGAGGCCCUUGGUCUCAGGAGUAUUGUCGACUUUAGCUGGGAGACCGUUCAGAAAGAGAAGCCUGGCAUGAUCCACGUCCUCGAUUUUCCUUACAACGGUGAGACCCCUCGCGCGGCCCUGCUUGAGGGAAAACUCACGGACAACAUGUACCACUUCGUCCGGAACCACGGAGGAGUUCCCGACAUCGAUGAAGAUGCAUUUGAACUAGAGAUUGGUGGGCUCGUUAACCAGCCCAUCAAACUUUCCAUGAAGGACCUAAAGGAUCCGAACAAAUUCCCACAAAUCACCGCUACUGUAACCCUCCAGUGCAGUGGUACACGUCGUAUUGAGCAGAUUCAGGAAUAUCCCGGAGAGGGUGACGAGCUAAUUCAAGCACCUUGGGGUGAAGGCGCCAUCGGGACGGCGGUAUAUCGCGGUGUGCCGCUGAAGACGGUGCUCAAGAGAGCCUGUGGCGGGCUCCUACCCGAAGCAAAGCAUGUCGAGCUCAUCGGUGCCGACACCUAUUUCAAAAAGGGAAAUGUGUACAAUUACGCUGUCUCUGUGCCGACGCGCAAGAUGCGCAUGAAAGAAGAGGUAAUCCUCGCGUGGGAGAUGAAUGGCGAGCCCCUACCCAAGAUCCACGGCUUCCCCCUGCGUGCAGUCGUCACAGGCAUCAUCGGCGCGCGUAGCACGAAAUGGCUCUACAAGAUCAACGCGCUCGAGGAGCCGAGUUUGGGUCCGGUGCAGGCGCAGGAGUAUAUUUACUUCACGAGCCAGAUCGGUAAGCAAAAUGCGAAAUACUCGAAUGGGUUCUCCAUUCAGAACAUGCCCGUCUCGAGUGCCAUCAUCUUCCCACAAGAUAAAGAGGUCAUUAUUCAUGACGGUUCAAUUGAGCUCCGCGGUUGGGCAUAUAGCGGUGGCGGGAACUGGCCCGAACGUGUCGAGGUAUCCCCAGACGGCGGACAUGUCUGGUAUGCCGUGGACCAGGACAACAUGACUGAGAAGCACUAUCACGCAUGGCGUCUCUGGAAGAUCAGCGUGCCCGUUGACGCCGAGGGGUGGAUCGAGGUCUGCGUCCGUACUUGGGACUCGUCCUGCAACACCGAGCCGACGUUCGUGCGCUCCGCGUGGAAUUGGGACCUGCACGUCACAUCCUCCGCGCAUCGCAUCAAACUUUACAGCGUCAACACGACGCGCCCUGCCACGGCGCAACGCCUUGCCGCCUUCGCGGCGCACGGCCAGUCGUUCACACCGAUCACGGGGCCAACCAAGUGGACCGUCGAGAGCACGGAGGAUUUCCUCGCCGAGAUGCGCAGGCACCCUCGCGAUCCCGACAACUGA